AUGUCCGUUGCUCUCCCAAGCGACUCUCUGGCUGGGAUUGAAGCCAGGGCAUCAGAUACAUAUGACUAUGUCAUCGUAGGAGGUGGAGUCACUGGGUUGGUCGUUGCCAACCGCCUGACCGAAGACACGAAGAAGUCUGUUCUUGUCAUCGAGGCUGGUGGUGCUUACGACAAUCCUAACGUUCGCCUGCCAUAUGGUGCAACAUAUGCUCUGAACACAUCAUUGCUGUGGACCGACUAUGUCAGCCAGCCUGAGCCUGCUCUGAACAACAAGACAUGGAACACCCGGGUUGCUCAAGUCCUUGGUGGUGGCUCUGUUGUCAAUGGAAUGAUGUACGACCGCGGUUCUGCUGCUGAUUACGAUGCAUGGGAGGCGUUGGGCAACAAAGGGUGGGGGUGGAGUGGCCUCUACCCAUUCUUCAAGAAAGGAACUGAGUUUAUUGCUCCUCCUCAGAAGCUGGUUGAUGAGUUCAAUAUCACCUGGGAUCCUUCGGCGUAUGGCACAGGCCCACUGAAGCUUGGUAUCGCCGACUUUCAGUACCCAGAUCUCAAGAGCUACUGGGCAGCAUUCGAUGGCCAGGGCGCACGUCAUCUCGUGGAUGGUAACAAUGGUGACAAUGCCGGGUCAUCGUGGUACCCUAACACAAUGAACCCUAAGACUGGUGAGAGAACGCAUGCUCGUCUUGCCUACUACGACACAAUCGCCAACCGCUCCAACCUGCACACCUUGCUUGAGACUGUUGCAAAUGAGCUUGUAUUCGACACCAACAGCAGCAAGAGACUCGUUGCUCGUGGUGUCAAGGUCACCGACAAGAAGACAGGAAAGACCAAGACAGUGUACGCCAAGCGCGAAGUCGUUCUCGCAGCUGGUGCGGUCAACACGCCUAAGCUUCUUCAGCUCAGCGGUAUCGGCCCCAAAUCGGUUCUACAGGCUGCUGGCAUCCAGGUCAAGCUUGCGCACGAUGGAGUGGGUUCCAACUUCCAAGAUCACCCAUACACAGCCAUGGGUUUCAGCGUCUCCAACAUGAGCGACCCCAACCCUACCUCGCUCUCUACUGACCCUGUAUUCAACGCAUCGGCAUGGGCGCAGUACACCAGCAACAAGACCGGACCUCUUACUCAGGCUCGCGGAAAUUCUCUUGCCUUCAUCCCCCUCCCUGAGGUCGCACCUGCUAGCUACGCCAACAUCUCCUCCCAAGUCACCGCCCAAGCCACCAAUGCCUAUCUUCCUGCCAUCUACACGGGCAGCAAGAAGCUUCUCGCUGGCGUUGCCGCUCAGCGCAAGAUUCUCGCCGGCCUCUACUCCAACGCCAAAGCAGGUAUCGUCGAGUACGGCAUUCCCGCCGCUGGCAGCGGUCUUCUCGUCGCGCUCCAGCGCCCCCUGUCCCGCGGAACCAUCGCCAUCAACCCCGCCAACCCCCAGGGCGCCCCUCAGAUCCGCUACAACGCCAUGACUAACCCGCUCGAUAAGUCCAUGCUUGCCGCCUGUGUGCGCUACAUCCGCCAGGUGUGGGCGCGCCCGGAGGUUUCGCGGUUCACACCCGUCGAGACGAGUCCUGGAGCGCAGUACCAGACUGAUGCCGAGAUCAUCGACCGCGUUGUCGAGAUCGGUGCGCUUUGGCCUACGCUGAGCCACCCUAGUGGUAGCUGCCCGAUGAUGCCGGAGGAGCUUGGUGGUUGUGUGUCGAAUGAGUUGCUGUUUUAUGGCGUGGAGAAGCUGAGCGUUGUUGAUGCGUCGAUCAUUCCGCUUGUGCCUAGUCAGCACAUCCAGAGUACGAUGUAUGCUAUUGGUGAGAAGGCGGGGUAUAUUAUCAGCAAUAGGCGUUAG